AUGGCAUCAGGAAUCGACUCUGAGAAAAAACCCCGCGUCGUCGCCCUCGGAAAACCCGAAUUCAUCAGUGAUGAGUACAUCGAAGACUUCGAGAAAGAUUUUGAUUAUGAUGUCCUUGAUGCUAGUAACCUCCAAGACGCCUUAGAGAAGCUCCCUCUCAUGCUCCAGCAACACGGCCCAAUCGAUGCCUUCAUCGUCAGAAUGGGCAGAGCUCCUUAUCGCCCCUUCCAAGAUAUCUUCAAACUUCUCGCUCCUCACUGCAAGAUCAUUGCCUCGGCAGCAGCCGGCUACGACGAUUUUAAUGUCGAUUGGUUAACUCGAGAGGGGAUUUGGCUCUGCAACAGCGUUGAUGCCGUCGCUGAAGCCACCGCUGAUAUGGCUCUCUUUCUCAUCUUAGCUGUUGUGAGAGACACAUACCGCGGUGAGCGCUCAGUGCGCGAUGGGAGCUGGAGAGGUCCUGUUGUUCCCAGUAGAGAUCCUUUAGGCAUGACACUCGGGAUCAUAGGCAUGGGCGCCAUCGGGAAGUAUCUUGCCAAGCGAGCUGUUGCUUUCAACAUGCGGAUCAAGUACUACAAUCGUCGACAGUUGAGCGCUGAAGAGGAAGCAACGUACAGCGCUACGUACUGCCCGUCGUUGCAUGACUUACUCUCCCAGUCGGAUGUCGUCUCAGUCAACUGUCCUCUGAACAAGGAAACAGAGAAUCUUAUCUCGACUAAAGAAUUUUCAGCAAUGAAAGACGGUGCUUUCAUCGUUAAUACUGCACGGGGAGCUAUCAUCGACGAAUAUGCCCUUAUUGAGGCCUUGGAAAGUGGCAAGAUUACACGUGCUGGACUGGAUGUCUUUUUGAACGAGCCUGAUGUGAACGAUUACUUCAGAACAAGUGAUAAAGUCGUCGUUCAGCCUCAUGCUGGUGGUCUGACAGAUGUCGCUUUUCAGAGAGGGGAGCGAGAGGCUUUCGAGAACAUCAAGGCUUUUUUCAAGACCGGAUCGCCCAUAACGCCUGUCAAUAAUCCUAAGAAGUAG